UUCAUUUCAUUUUCUUGGCGGCGAUCGCAGCAAACGGAUUAAACGCGAAAAGAUAUUGGUGCAUAUAACACCACCACAAAUCGAAACAAAAAAACAACCGAAAAAAGAAACCUCCAACCAAGAUGAAUCUUUCGAUCAGUUCGAGGAGUCGCCAUCUUCUGUUGGUCUGCACCAUCAUCUUCGUUCUCCACGGAGCCGAGGCGGGUUUACGUUUGCGGCAGAAUCGCCGAUCGGCCACGCCCCCUGCCAGCACAACGCCCACGUUGACAUCGGUGCCUGCGGAGGAGGCGCCACCACAAGCGGCGGAGGAGGGUUCACCCAUUGUGGCAGCGGAAGUCACCGAAGCGGAACCGGAAGUCACCACGGGCAAACACAAGCGCGGCAUCCUCCAUGGCCACUCUCAUCUUCAUGGUGGCCAAUGGCCGGCCCGCACCUACGCCUCCCACUACGGGUACAGUGUUCAGUUGCCCGGAGGAAGUGCCUUCCUCUCCGCCGCUCCGCCACAUCGCCACUUCGUGAAGUACGGUCACGGCUUGGUUAAGCCACUGGUUUCCGGUUCCGGUUUGCUGCCAGCUCUGGCUCCCGCUUCCGGUGGUCUGCUGCCCGCCGUGGCCACCGCUCUACCCGCCGGACUGCCCGUUGGAUUGCCCGCUGGAUUGCCCGCCGGAUUGCCAUCUGUUCUGCCCGCCGGCGUGGCCAGCGCAAUUCCGGCCGGAGUGGCCACGGCUUUGUCCACCGGAGUGGCCACCGCCUUGUCCACCGGCGUCGCCCCGCCCUCGUAUGUCCUGCGACCUGGCAACGCCCUCGUCUCCUCGUACAGCGUCAACUAUCCGCACCAGCACCUGCAGAAGCCAGUGGUCCUCCAGUCCGCCGUUAAGCCGCUCCACUUCCACGGCCCCGCCCCCGGCCACGCCCACGUGCACGCCGUCCAGCCCACUUAUGUGCAGGCCUACGCUCCAAGUGCUCCUGCUGUGCCUGUCCAGCCUGUUCAACCUAUUCAACCUGUUCAACCUCUUCAACCCCUUCAACCCAUUCAACCCAUUCAACCAAUUCAACCAAUUCAACCCAUUCAACCCAUUCAACCCAUUCAGCCAGUUCAGCAUUUACAGCCCAUUCAACCAGUGCAACCUGUGCAACCUGUGACCCAUCACUUCCAGCCCGUUCAGCCAGCUACUCCAAUUCAACCGGUGGCUCCAAUCCAACCCGUUCAGCCCGUCCAACCCACCGUUGCCUUUGGAGUUCCGGCUCCUGCUGCCGUGGAUCUUCCGGUGUUCCCGCAAUCGCCGCAGUUCCCUCAGUUCCCAGGAGUGCCGACCUUUGCCUUCCAACCCGCCCAGCCGGCGGUGCCUGCCCAGCCUGCCCAGCCCGCUCUGCCCGCCCAGCCAGCGAUUCCAGCUGCCCCUGAAGCACCGGAAGUGCCACAGAUUCCACAGAUCCCGCAGAUUCCCCAGAUCCCGGCCAUACCUCAAAUCCCGCAGAUCCCACAGUUUCCGGGUCUGCCUCAGUUCCCCGGAUUCCCCCAGAUUCCCCAGUUCCCCCAGGCGCCGGCCACUCCGAAUGUUCCCUCUGUGCCCGCCGUUCCCACAGUUCCAGCGAUUCCAGCCUUUCCCAGUCCGCCGACCAGUCAGUUCUUCCCUGCGGCUCCUCAACCACCGCUGCCCCAGCAGCCACCCACUUUCGGCCAGCCGGAGGGUCAGUUCCCCGGCGGAAUUGUUCCCCUGCCCGGAUCCACGCCCGUGCAGCCGGAAUCGGGAACGGGCAUAGCCUCGCCGCAGAUUCCCCAGUCGCCGGAGGCGGAGAAUCCAGCGGAGGUGCAGCCACAGCGACCACCCACCAGCAACCAGCAGCCCUGGAAGCCAGUCUUCUACCAGCCACCCACCGAAUCCGCGCCAGCGUCGCCCAAUCGCCCAUCGAUCACCCUGCUCCCGCCCUACGGAAGUCAGUCGCCAGCUGAAGGCUACCUGCCUCCCGUGGGUUCGCAACCGUCGUCGCAGAGUUCCAGCAGCGCCGGAGGAGUCGGCAGCCAGGGGGGAAUCUUCGACCAGCUGAGCGACGCGGAGUUGGAGCACAUCUUCGCCCAGGCCAACUUGGCGCAGCAGCAGCACCAGCAGAGCCACAACUACCACCACUACUGAGCUAACUAACUAACCACCACUAACCUAGGGAUCUUUUCAAAAUUUUUUUUUGUUUUUUUUUCCGUUCUGCUUUUACUAUUUACUAUUUUGUACUUGUAAUGUAAAUUAUGUUAUAAUUAAAUAAGUUAUUUAUCAAAGAUAA